AUGACUUGUUUGCUGCCGUGCAUGAUCCAUAAGGGAAAAGUAAAUGAAUAUCUUGGCAAGACGGCUGCAGUCAGCUUGUAUAUCAAUUUCCACUUGACAAGAUGGCUGCAAUCAGCUUGUCAAUCGAUUUCCACUCACAAAGGCUGUUAAAAAAACAAACAUUUCACAAUGAUAGUAAAAAUGAUGAUGAUGAUGAAGAUGAAGUUGCUGUUUUAUGAAUGUUUCAAAUUUCUGUAACUGUAAGGUACCAAGGGAACUUCCUAAGGAGCCUCUUUAUCCAGCUGAUGAUCUUUAUGGCAUCGUAGGUGACAACUUGAAGAAACCUUUUGAUGUAAAAGAAGUAAGAAAAUAAAAGUUAAAAAUGAGAUAUCUAGUCAAUGGCAAAUAAAUGGUUGACAUGGUUUUUUUGGACUUUUAUUUGAGUCAUUUUAUUUCAAGGCUGAGCAAUAGAUCUCUAGCUAAACAGACAGACAUUCAUGAUAAAUAAUUUCCUGUAAAGUCCUCCAGAUGACAGAAAUGUAGUAACAUUAAUAAUUACAAGUACCCAACAAUAUUACAUUGAACUUUCUUCAUCAGUUACUACUUCUCAUAAGCAACCAGCAGCUGUUUCAGAUCUUGUGCAUGCUGUUAAGUCAUAACUGAUUGACAUUCAAACCCUCAUGGGCAACUUGGAGCUUUUCUUAGUCGUGAUGUUAAACAUCUUUCUAUAAGCAAAACAAGUGCAGAAGAAUAAAACUAACUUAUGGAGAGUCACAAGAGUAAUGACUUACAAUCUUCAUGUGAUGCAUGUGAACCCCAAAAAUAUCACUUCUCAUAACCAACCAUUCCUGUAAAAUUUAGAUAUUUCUUUUCCUGGUGGUCUCCAAUCAACUGAGAUUCUUGCCCACUAGGUUAUUGCAAGGAUUGUUGAUGGAAGUCAAUUUGAUGAAUUUAAAGCCAUGUAUGGAGACACUUUGGUGACAGGUGCGAGAUACACAUGACUACAUGAUGUUCGACUGUUUACAUGAUUUAUUAUCGUUAUCAUUAAUAUUAUUGUUGUUUUAUUUGGAGAGAAGCUGAAAUUGAGAACAAGGUGCUCGUGAUAUUUUCAAUUUGAACUCACAGUUUAGUAUUAAUACCAAGUAUUAAUAAACAGGACGUUCAUGGACAGGUAUGAAAUAUUCUGUUAAGAUAACUUGAAGUUAAUUUUCGUAUGGUCUUCUUAUGUUUUUUUUUUGUUGCAAAGGUUUUGCUCGAAUUCAUGGCUAUCCUGUAGGAAUCAUUGGAAACAAUGGAGUUUUGUUUUCUGAAUCAGCCCUUAAGGGAGCACACUUCAUACAGCUGUGUUGUCAGCGGAAAAUUCCUCUGCUUUUUUUGCAAAAUAUAACAGGUAAAUAUGUUAGGGUUAAGACACUGUUCAUUCAGAAUUUAGUGGCAGCUAUAGUUACAUUUAUAAAAUAACGCAACCGUUAUAAUAUACCACACAGAAACCAUGAAAAAAUUGUUUUUGUCAAGUUACCAAAAUAUGUCAGGAAAUUAAACUCUUGAGGCAAUAUUUGGCCCCUUUGACUGCUUGGAGAUGAAUAGUACUUGGUAAUCACUUCUGAAACAGCCAAUCAGCGCGUGCGAAAAGCACCAUUCACCCUUAAAGUGGUAUAUGCGUCAUUAAGUACUGACAUGUCAUAGGGCACCGAGCUCAGUAUAUUCUUUAUUUACGUUGAAGGAAAAAUUUGUUUGCCUUUUAGGUUUUAUGGUUGGUAAGGAUUACGAGGCUGGUGGUAUUGCCAAAAAUGGAGCAAAAAUGGUAACUGCUGUGUCGUGUGCACAGGUUCCAAAGAUAACUGUUAUUAUAGGUGGCAGUUUUGGGGCUGGAAAUUAUGGAAUGUGUGGACGAGCUUACAGGUAAGGCUAAAGAAAUGCCACCUCUUACAGAAAAGUUUAAUAAGGACGCUGGGUGCAGCAUCCUGGGUUUCAACAGCUAAAAAAUAUCGGCAUGCAAAAAUCUACAAACAUUUGUCAAAUAUUAAAGAAAGAUGAUUUUUGCUUUGUCACGGGCGUGGGAAAAAAAAAUCCGAGGCCCCAUGAGGAAUCGAACCCAAGUCCUUCGGCUCCCGCCCUUGACGUUCUACCGCUGAGCUACAAAUAGCUUUAUGGCCAGCUAGGUUACAACAAUAUUGAUGUUUAUGGCCAGCUAGGUUACAACAAUAUAGAUGUUUAGUUUAUUUUUCGCGAUUAUCAGAUAACUAUUUCUCACAGAAAUUAAAGCCACUCAGAAACUUUAAUAAGUUGUUUUCGUUGUGACGCUGAUUAAAAAACUGUGACAAUGAUAGUGAUAUUUUGCAAAUACGUUUCGUGAAAGGAUCGCAAACACAUCAAACAACCCUAUUUGAGAAGCAAAAUUUUAAACAAGUUCAACAAACAUAUUAAACAAACUUGUUGAACAAAUUGUUCUAGUUGAGUACUUGUGGAUCAAGAGAGUGGACCGGUAUGUCAAUGCCAUAACCUAUUCCUGAAAUGUCUUCUAACCAUGAGUCCAAUUAAUUUUUUUAGUCCCCGUUUUCUGUACAUGUGGCCAAAUGCUCGUAUUUCAGUGAUGGGAGGAGAACAGGCAGGAACAGUACUGGCUACUAUCACUAGAGACCAGAGGGCAAGGGAAGGAAAACAGGUUGGUCUAUUGUCAGCUUCAAGCAAUUUAAGCUCAACACUACCGUUAAAAGCGCCAUGAAUUUCGAGUACUUUUUGUGGGUCCAGUUGUUUUGUCGGCUCUAUUUUUCCUUUUAUGAGUAAACACCAUCAAAAGUGUUGCAACUUGUGUUUUGAAAAACUUUGUCAGUUCAGUUCUGUUGUAUAUCGCGAUUACCGCACUCUGUGCGAUUAAAAUACUUUGUGCAAAGAACUCUUUUAGUGACAUGCCGCGAACUUGGAAUCUGCAUAAUUUUAGUUGAAAUAGUUUGGGGUAUGUGUUUUGUGUUUAUUCGUUUCUGUAGCUUAUUUAUUCAUUUUUGUUUAUCACUCUUGUACUUGUAUAUUUAGGAAUCAGGUUAUCACAACCUUGAGUCUUCGAUGGUAAAACGUUGCCACUACUUCACAACAAGUUCGAAUCGGCCAGUUAUCUUGUUAUAGAAGUCAUGAAUUUACUCAUGGUUUUAUUUUAAAAAAUUCGUCGCCAUUACCUGAGAGUGGCCAUGUAAACAAAUUUGCUGUCUAAUCAAAACGGAUGAUAGCACUUUUUUGAACAAAUGACUGCGCAAGUGAAUACUGCAAACGCUAAUCUGUUCAACUACUUAUUAUCCUAAAGUUCAAAUGUCUUGAGUGAAAGUAAUGUUGAAACCAUAAGGAAAUCGGCGCAAAACAGCUCAAUGGAGUCUUAGUUUAAUCCACCCGGCAACACGGACAAUUCAAAUGGUCUUUUCAGUCCUUCAUCGGUGCAAUCAAUCCCUUAAAAAGGGAAACAGAAAAAAAGAAAACUUAGAGUGCUCCCAAAAGGAGUCGAAACUUUGAUCUUCCAAUAUUUACUUCGGAUGGUGUGCGCUCAGCUUUAAGGCUGGGUAAGGCUUUAAACCAGCAGAUUCUUGCGACAUACAUUUAAGGAACGGAUUGAAUUUGAUGGUGAAUGCGGAUGGAAAUAAAAGCCUGCAGAUGUAACAAUAUUCGAAUGGCUAAAGCUCAAAACCUCAGCCUUGAAAUGCUUCAUGGUGGCUAAUUAAAAAUAUCAACUCAGUUGAUAAAACCAAAUUACCCUGUUAAACUCCCUCACCGACGCAGCACCACAGUUUCUCUAGAAAGUUACCCCCUUUAUUCAGAUCGAUGUAACAGUAACCUAAUAUAAUUGACCAAGCUGAGGCUCAGCAGCAGGCUUAACAUUUAAAGAGAUUAUCGGAAGAUCGUAGCCUUAUGUCCUAUGUAAAGCACAGUAAUUUUUUUCCAGGCUUGCCUGUGUCGCUAACUGAAAAACAUCAUUUUUUCCUUAAUCAUGCAGCUUGCUUAAAACACACCACUUUCAUUUACAUCACAAGGCAAGAUACAGCUUGGGGCGUCAUUUUGUACGAACGAGGUUACUAGAUUCUAAUGAUACUGUUGUGUCGCUCCGGCUGAGAGUUCUUUAUCCACUGUAAGUUGGUGGAGAAAAGUGAACACUGUUCCGCUCCGUCGUCGGGUUGCGCUAGAAAGGCCAGUUUUUCAAAAUUUGCUGCGGUGGUUCAGUUACCUUAAUCAAAUUUUUAUUGAUUAUCAAUCAAUUGUAUAAUUUUAUUCGAGUUGUAAAUUGAUACGAAUAGCUGGGACACCCAACGAUCCUUUGACCAACAGAUCUCGUGGUUUAUUUCUAUUGCUGACAAAACUUGAUUUUUCUUUUACCAAAUAGUUGACAGCAGAAGAAGAAAAACAGAUAAAAGCUCCAAUAAUCUCGAGGUUUGAAGAAGAAGGCCAUCCUUACUUCUCGUCCGCCAGGUAUUUGUGCAGUCUAAGACGUUUUCAACUCAAACUAACCAGUGUUGUUGUAAUUUAGGAAGGCUUAUGAUAUGCAUACUUCAUGCUUUUCGUCGUUCCGUAGUUGCGUGGGAGAUUGGGUCAGGUUACGUGUCGCAAAGCAUUAUGUGACUGUUUGAGAGGCUGCCAUUUUCUUGAAUUUCUUGUAGCUUUGUGCCCAUUUAAAAACAAGGGUAUGCUUAUAAAAGUUAAAAUUAUGUUAUUAAAUGACAAAAUUUUUCAUCGGUGAUUGUCAUGGUUGAAGAAUUUCAUAGAACAACGUCUUAGUUAUGACCCUUAAAAAUGUUUCCACGAUGAAAUGGCUGACAGAAAGAUGAAUUCAAUUUUGUGCAUUCAGAAAUUAUACUUUGGUUCUGAAAUCGCAAUCUCACACUUGUUAUGUGAGGGGGAGGGGGAAGUGGGGGGGGGAGUAGGGAGCUUGAAAUUCGGUCCAUAAAUUUUUCAUUUAAUUUACCUUGUUGCUGUUGUAGAUUAUGGGAUGACGGUGUUAUUGAUCCAGUGGACACGCGGACAGUCCUGGGACUCAGUUUAAGUGCGGCCUUGAAUGCACCAAUCGGUGACCCCAAAUUUGGCGUGUUCAGAAUGUGAUUAGAAAUGCUUCUUAUAACCAGGCUGACUCUUCACAGGAUUUACCAACAGUGUCUCCACACUGUUAAUCCUCUUCUUUGUCGGACUGGCAUAAGAGUUUCUCCAAAUAUUGGAUCAUUGAUCGCUGGAUUAUCUUCAUUACGGACAAAACAUCCAGGAGCUUUUCAAUGUCAUCGAUCAUGCCGAGUGCCCAUGCAUACACAAUAUAGAGGAAACUUCUAAAGGACUCUACACGAAAAAAAAAAUUGGAAAAAAUAUAGGGUAUGGCCAUUAGAACUGCCAUAAUCAGCCCAAACAUCGACUGGACAAUAUGUUUAGUUAAACGAUGUUGCACUCGAAUUUUUUAUGACGCACAAACAAACAAAGCAAACUUAGGGAAAAAAAACCUCAAAUAACUUCGUAUAUACUGUUGACCUUCUAAGUUAAGUAAUAAAAGUUAUAAAUAUUGUAUCAGGAAUGUGGAAUUUUAAGUUAAAAAAGCACGGAAGAACUCACUUUUAGAAUAUUUGCAGACGACAUGAGUGCUUUACUCCAGCACACGACCUCCAGAGCCUUUCUCGGCUGAUUUCUACAAGUCUGAAUUCUUCCUUUGUUUUAGGAAAGAAAUUCACUUCCCUUUCGUUUCAUAGCUAAUAGUUUUUCACUUGAUAAAUGAACAGCGGCCUUCGUUUAUGGUAUCCUACGUGUAGCCGUACCCAUCCCCCUCAAGGAGAAACGUUUCUCCUUGGGGGGGAGGAGUGUACGGAUACACGUAAGCUACAAUGCUGGGAUACAUUUGGGGAACCAAAUGUUCGUUGAGUAAAUUUACCCAGACAGCUUUAAAUCGAUAAAGUUCCGUAGCAUUUAUGAAGUGGAUUUCUUUGCAUGUGUCUCUAAAAGAUCUCCUUUGAAGAAGAGCCGGUAAACCGGUAGAAAGUGUAAGCCAAUGCUUAAUAAAUCAUACAUUUGACGUUAUAUGUAUAGUGUGACCCAGAUGAACAAGUGGUGUUUUAAAGAUCUUGACUGCAUUUUUCAGGAUGAUUUGAUACAAGUUUGCUUCAGUUCUCUGGGAAUGAGCCUCUUAGAACUCAGAAAGAGGAGUCUGGGGCGGGCAGCCUGCACCUCGUGUGUCCCUCAGUUUUGUGUUAAUCAGGUAAUCUCUCUCGCGUAUCUGAGCCUUUCUGCCUCAAUGACUUUUUACCCGUGGGAUUCACUGUUUAUACCGAGGUGCCAGAUGGCAGAUAUCUGUUGCUCCACAUGCUCGCACAGAAGAGCUCAUGUUACUGGACUACAGAAUUGUUUGGUGUGUCUGCUUAAUAUAUUUACCCGAGUAAGUAGGGCAAUUAAGAAUGACAAAAUAAAGAUAAAGCGAAAGAAGGAAAGCAGCGCAAAAUAUAUUUAGAAGCGAUUUCAAAGAUUUUAUUGUUUGAACGAUGGAUAAGUUAUGUCUUCCUUAAUUAAGAAGGUGCUAAUCAUUGGGCAACCCCAGAUCAGUCGAACACGAAUUUCGUUUAAAUGCAAGGUAAUUUCAAUUCAGAAUUUUAGAAAUGUUUAUGGUUCUUUUGUCUAUUUUAGGGAUCAUUUCAGAGGCUAUGCAGCAUUUUAAAUCUUGGAACGGUUCCUGUAAUAGGUUUGGUUACUAUGGUAAUGAUAUCAAAGGAGAUUUGUGGGUUAUUGUUGUUUCCUUACUUAAAUAACUUAUGUGAAAAUCAAUUAUCUCGUGUAAAAAGAGCUAAGAGUAUUAUUAACUUGGAAUGCAAAAGGUUAAUCACGAUCAUUCUGUCGUCUGUGAAAGUUGAUACAAAGAUAUUUAUCCGAAGAAUUCUUUGCGAUAUGACCGUAUGGCUUCCAAAUACAGUUCACAAAGUGGAGAGAGAAACGAAAAGUCCAGGGGUUUACUUCCAUGCAUAGGCGAAAACGAAGUUUUAAACCAAUCAACAUCAUAUGGAAGACGUUUGAUACCAAAAAGUCCAUCGAAACGAAGGAUCCGCGUCAACUCAGAGCCAUACAUCAUCGACAAUUCUGAGGUGAAGGACUCUGUUGCCGCCGUGAGAAGCGGCGAAGAUGCUGCAGACGAUGUCACCAAAUCUGGGAAACUUUCAAGUAAUCAGAAAAAGUUAACAAGACGAGUGUCAGUACCGCUUGGUACUUCAACACAUAAGGACAGUUCGCAGAGCAAUGCAAAGACGACAAGAUCUAAAACUGAGAAAGUGAGGGUCAAACCAAAGGCGCCUUCACCAGACGUCAUUGAUCUUAGUAACGAAGAUGUUGUACAUGAGUUAAUGAAGAGAUUGUACGAAUCACUUGGUGUCCCGGACAAAACUCAUUUCCAACAACUCACCAUAGAUCAAAAUGAUUCUAAAGUGGAGGGAUCAUGCAAACAAACAAGAAAUACAAACGAAUGUACAAAGACGGAUGAGUCCACCACGAGGCUACCUCACGUCAGCAAAAUUACAUCAAACUUAGAAGUGUUCUACUCAAAGCCUGCCAGCUGGAAAACCUUGAUGAACAGUCGACAUUUGUGUCUAAAAACACGAACUAAACGUUAUUUAGCUUCUAAACCCACAGCAAAUAAACCAGUCAAAGAAAAACUGAUGCUAAAAACCAAUGAACAUCACUUGACUUGGCCUUGGAAGCGGAGUUUUGAUCUCUCUGGUCAGUCAACAUCGGUAAUGCGCGAGAGAGGCCUCAGUGAACCGUUUGUUGCUUUUACUCCUCACUCAAAUUCAAGGGACUUGUUCAGGAGACCAUAUGACUCACGCAAGUCUGUCACAUUCGCUGAGUAG